AUGAAACAACAUGUUAGAAUAUCCUUCGUCAUUGGUUUAAUAUUUGUUAUAGCAUCGUGUUUAGGAGGUUUCUUAUUGUCGGAAAUGGCUGAAUGUUCGUCUGUUCUCAUGGAUGACCAAGAAGAAAUUUUAAAAACCAACUCGGGUGAUGAAGAAAAAAACAACACGGAGAAUGACUUAUUUUCCUCUCUGCUUUUUGGAACAACAAAUGGUUGGGUCUCCAUUUUAAUGAUAUUUAUUGUUGUUGGAACAACUUCACUACUUACUAAAGGAACGGAAAUUAGUAAUCUAGUAAAUAAUUAUUUAUUAUCACGAAAGGAAAUCAACAAGGAUAGACCAAAAAAGCGAGUAAAUAUAAAUACCAAUACUUCAGAAAAUAAUAAUAAUACAAUAGAAAAAUUGAAUCAAGAUGGAGAAAAUAUUAGGAAAAAUCAGCAAUCGGAUGAGGAUUUAGAACACAUCACACCAUCCCGAGUUAUUAAACCAAUAUUGGUAAAAUCUAUCAAUCAUGUGGAAAAGAGGAAACUUGGAUCCGCUCCAUUAGAUUUAAUUUCUGAAGAACAGAAGAGAAAAGUGGACUUGGUAGCCAAUCUAUCAGAAUCACUAAAAGACUGUGAUAAUAUUAAUAUGAAUGUAAAAUUUUAUGAACCAGUAGCAGUCACUCCUACCAAUAUCUACUCUUCAGGACGGUAUGGCCUUGAUUUGGAAGACGAAGAUGACAACAUUCCACCUAUCCCUAUUGAUAUUUCCAGACCAGAGAGAAGAAUUAUUCCAGUAGAAUCGACUCUUGAAGAAUUCUCUGAAAUUUACUCCAAAAAAUCUAUACCUACAUCAAUCAAAAUUCAAACAACCCAGACACCAAUUAUUCAUCAACAGGACACUAAGAAAGCACUUGAAGAACUCCAUAUUAGAAAGCAAAAUUCUAGACAAAACAUCGAAAAGGAACUUGCAGAAAUUCUCAAACUUGUCGAAUGUGAAAAUGAAGAAAUUAGAAAGGUAGAACAAGAACGACUUGUUAAAAUUAAGGCAGAGCAAGAACGUAUCGCCAAGAUAAAAGCAGAACAAGAGAGAAUUGCUCGUGAAAAACUCGAAGAAGAAAGGAGAAAAGCUGCCGAAGAAGAAGAAAAGAAAAGACAAGCUGCCAUCGCUGCCACUGCCCCAGCUGAAAUUAACGUUUCUCCUAUCAAACCUCAACAACCAAAUAGUAUCGGUACUGCAGAAGAAACUCCAGCCGAAAAGAGUGACAUUUCCAUUGUUAAUCCAUAUUCUGGACCUAAGAAAACCCUUACCGUUCCAAACUUUACCAGACCAAAAACCUACGUUAUUGCCAAAAUUUAUGUUGACAGAAUGGAGGAAAUGUAUGCAUCGUUCCAAAAGAGAAUGGAUCCCCAACUAAAACCAGAAAUGGAUGCUGCCAAAAAGCUCAUUAACAAGACCAUUAACAGAAUAACAGAAACUAACCAGAGAGAAAUUGUAAAGGAAAUCAAUCAAAUAAUGUCCAAGCAAAAGGUCAAGAAGGAUGUAUUCUACUUUUGUUUGUACUUUUAUGCUAGAACCAUUGUGGAUCAAGCAGCAAGUCAAACUAGUGAUUUGAAGAAGGUGUUACCAUUCAUUGAGGUAACAUCUGAAUUGAUGAAUGAUUCUCCUGAAAUUUUGGAUGCUGUGAUUGGAUACAUUCAUACCAAUUGCAUCUUUACAAUUCCAUACUUCCCUUAUGAAGUUACUGAUGCUUCUGAUUUGAAGAAAAAACUUGGCUUCAAGGAAGAGGAUGGCGAAAUGGAAAGUCAAUCUCAAUACAUGAAUAGAAUGAAUGAUAUUAUUACAAUAUAUGCCAUGAUUAUUCAAAAUAAUCCACCAGGUCACAAGUAUGGUAUUGAGAAGGGUUGGGAAUGGCUAGCUGCCUUCUUGAACUCACGUCCAACAAUGUUUACAUUGGAAAUUUUAGAUUCAUUCUUGAGAAUUGCUGGUUACAAGAUGCAUCAAAUCUAUAAGGCUCAAUUUGCCAAGAUUCUAGAAUUUAUUGAAGUUCAUUUACUGGCCAAUCCACCAAAAGGUUCUGAUAAGGCCUCUCUUUCUAGAUUUUCUGAUUUAAUUGGCAAUUUUAAAAAGAGCAAACAAAUGCCAAAGCCAUCUUUCUUGGAAUAA